CUUCCCCACCCCCUGGUCUCCUGUCAGGAAGGAGAGAGUGGAAGCUAGAAGACUGCGCUCGAGCUGACCCCCUUCCCCGCCCCCCCCCAGUAUGUGAUCAGGCGUCGCCAGCAUUAGGGGAUGCUGUGGAAAAUCACAGUGGAAUUUCUGGAUGCAGUUAUAGUUUGGCUUAUUCAAUCUUUCAAUCUCAUGGGCAGUACCAGAGACCCCUGUGCAUGUUGAAGUCUCAAUUUUGUCUUUUAAUUAAAAGAAACAAGAGGACAAAACUCGUAUUUAGCAUCUAGAAACUAUACAGCAAGGCAUUACACACGCAACAAUGAAUCAAACAGACAAAAAUGAACAAGAUGUUCCUCCAUAUCUUAAAGAUGAGCCACCAGAAGGGUCCUUAAAAGAUCACCCACAACAACAGCCUGGCAUGUUCUCUCGUGUGACUGGGGGCCUCUUCAGCAUAACAAAGGGAGCCGUCGGUGCCACAAUUGGUGGUGUAGCUUGGAUAGGAGGCAAAAGCUUGGAAGUGACCAAAACAGCCGUUACAGCCGUGCCUUCUGUCGGAGUAGGAUUGGUCAAAGGAAGUGUUUCUGCUGUGACGGGAGGUGUUUCAGCUGUAGGUUCUGCUAUCUCAAGUAAAGUGCCUUUAACAGGGAAGAAAAAGGAUAAGUCUGAUUAAAAAAAAGGACACUUGUCUCUCUGGCUUUGGAAUCUGCAAAGAUUUGGACUGCAACAAAGCCACGCGUUUUAAACUCCUCUAAAGAGCUGUAUGAAUGACUUCACCUGAAAGGGACAGAAGCAGCUUGGGGCACAGUGCCCAAACCUUCUCAAAUGUUAGAUUUCUUCAGGCUGUCACCUGGUGAAAUGUUCCACUUGAUAAAUAUGGGAUCAAGUACUUGCAUCUGAAGGGAUAGUUCCAUUUGAAUAUUAUUUCACUGUAGAUCUUUUGCAGUCUUGAACUGAAAAUGUGAAAAUAUAGGGCAUGAUUUAGCCAAAAUUUUAAGUCCUCUGAUUCUAGUGUAGAGAUUUAAGCAUGUGCUUAUUUCUCUUACUACAAUCAGUUGAAAUUUAAAGUGGAUUAUUUUGGUUGGAUUAUGCUCUUUGCAGCCUCUGCAGUACCAUAAACAUAUUGGUGUUCCAGCUACAAGUCUAAGAUUUCUGUAUCUUUUAAAAAAUAAAAUAAGGAAUCAUUGAACUGACAUCAUAUAUCUUUGCUUUUUGAAACUAUUUUUAUAUUUUCUCUAAAUUCUUUACAUGGUGACUGCUGUUGCGAAUUGCGGGUGCGUGUGUAAAUAUGUAUGUUAUAUCAAUACAAUCAUUCAUGCCUUAUGGUGAAACAAAUCUAUUUUUACUUAGUGAAACUAUAAGGAUUUUGUAAUGUCCCUCAUUUCAGUGCAGUCUGUAGAAUAAACAGUCUGUAGAAGAAGCUUUACACUUUAAAAACAAAACAAAAAACCCCUGUUCUUACUGACUGGAAAGAGACUGCUAAAUCUCAGGUGUAACCUUACAAGUAUCCACUCCUCACCUGCAAAACAAAAAUCCCUUGUGCUGAUAGUUUGCUCAAACUGAACCUUAAGUCCAAGUUUACAGUCCAUGCAAUAUUGGGUAACUUGUAACUCUAGUGUAAAAACACUUCUGUAUUAUUUGGCUAGAAGCCUCAAAAAUUAUUCUGAAUCAGUUUCUAAUCUAGAACAAAGGACAAUCCAGCAAACACUGUUGCUGUAUAUUCUCAGUGGGGGGAAAAGAGAUAGUGUAACUUGAUAGUUUUCCCUGAAGAUCAAAAAAAAAAGUGAUACGACUGAUAAUAAUAAAAGCAAAGUGAUUAAAAAGAACUGGGCGACCUGCAUAAAAACGCAGGCUUUGUUAUAUGCGUUUUCCAAGGUGUCCUGGGUAAGAUGUGGGAAUCUAACUCACUCUUCAGUUUGCAUUCUAUAAUCCAUUAACUCCAGAAUAGUCCUACUGAAAAUGGUGGUUUGCACUCUGGAGUAGGUUGGUUUAUGCAUUGCGAGUUUAUUUGGGAACUCUUCAGCAUGUUCUUGUUGACUUUUUAGCAUUUUUGGUAGUCUGUAAAAGAUGGCUGAAGUUCACAUGAAUAUUCUGUAUGCAGUAUUUCCUAAAAUGUAUGUGUGUAAAAAUAUACAUAAAUAAAAAGAAAUUACCCAUA